UAUCGUGGACUCUGUCACCUACUUGGGGAUGGUUGUCGACAGAGAUCUGAGGUGGAAUCAGCAUAUUGCUCAGUUGAGUGGUCUAAACUGUGUGGAGGAUUGCAGCUUCAUAGGAAACAUGUUUCAGGGAAGUGAGCUGGCAUACAUCUACGCCUGUGUGUUCCUGGGGUUCGUGCCGCUGGUGUGUGGAGGGGCGGGCUACGGAGUCAUCAAGCUGCAGAACCGCAGACGCAGACAGCUGCGGAUGAUGCAAGAAGAACUCAAGACGGGCAAUAAACCAGCAGCAGCAUCUGUUGACAAGAUGGCAGUUAGAGAGUGGCUUCACGCAAACCACCGCCGUAUUGUGAAGCUGCGCUUCGGUCCAGAGACCAAUCUUCACACAGUGGACCGGAAGGGAGAGAAGCUGCGAAGCGUGAGCUUCAAGAACGGUGACACAAUCACUGUCGAGGAGUCUCAGGUUCCCGAGAGAGGGAAGAAGAAACGCCCUCUGGUGUUGGUGAGAGUACCACGUGAUCACGACUUGGUCCUCGAGUUCGACUCUCUUUCCUCUCGACGCAAGUUCAUGUCCAAGUUCGAAUCAUUCCUUAAUUCACACAAGAAACAUAUAAUUGCACUUCAGUCACCUCGAGAUCUGAUGCUAGCAAAGGCUGAAACGAGAGAGAGAAGACAGCGGAGAUUAGAACACUUCUUCCGAGAAGCUUACGCGCUUACGUUCGGCCUCAAGCCGGGCGAGAAGCGUAGACGAGAGGAUGAGAACGGGGACGUUGUGAUGCGUACUUCUCUGUCCAGUGCCGAGUUCGCCAGCGCACUCGGCAUGAAGCCUGACGCAGUAUUUGUCCGGAUGAUGUUCAACAUCGUGGAUAAAGAUGGCGAUGGCCGCAUUUCAUUUCAGGAAUUUUUAGACACAGUAGUAUUGUUUUCAAGGGGCAAGACAGAAGAUAAAUUGCGGAUCAUAUUUGACAUGUGUGACAAUGAUCGAAACGGAGUUAUAGACAAAGGGGAGUUAUCAGAAAUGCUGAGGUCACUUGUGGAGAUUGCCAGGACAACAAGUUUGUCUGACGCUCAUGUCACUGAGCUUAUAGACGGGAUGUUCCAGAAUGCUGGGUUGGAGAGAAAAGACUUCCUUACUUAUGCUGACUUCAAGUUAAUGAUGAAAGAAUAUAAGGGAGAUUUUGUUGCAAUUGGAUUGGACUGUAAGGGGGCCAAACAGAAUUUUCUGGACACUUCAACCAAUGUGGCCAGAAUGACCAGUUUCCACAUAGACCCAAUCUCAGACAUGGACAAAGGUUGGCUGAGCAGACAUUUGGACUGUGUAACUACCUACCUGGAGGAGAACCGGCAGAACAUCUUCUACCUAUUCGUCUUCUAUGUUAUUACCAUUGCUCUCUUUGUUGAAAGAUUCAUUCAUUACUCGUUUCUGGCUGAACACACGGACCUGCGCCACAUCAUGGGCGUCGGCAUCGCCAUCACACGAGGGUCCGCCGCCUCGCUCUCCUUCUGCUACUGCCUGCUGCUCAUCACGAUGUCGCGCAACCUGCUCACCAAGCUGAAGGAGUUUGCAGUCCAGCAAUAUAUCCCACUCGAUGCCCACAUCCAGUUCCACAAGAUCGCCGCCUGCACCGCUCUCUUCUUCUCGUUACUACAUACUGUCGGUCACAUCGUCAAUUUUUUAAUGUUUUCCACCCAGCCUCUAGAGCAUCUCCACUGCCUCACCAGUGAGGUCCACUUCCCCUCUGACUACAAGCCAGGCAUUACCUUCUGGCUCUUCCAGACCAUCACAGGAAUAACGGGAGUAAUGCUGUUCUGUGUGAUGGUGAUCAUCUUUGUCUUCGCCCACCCUCUGAUUCGCAAGAAGGCUUACAAGUUCUUCUGGCUCACCCACAGUCUCUAUGUGAUCCUCUACUUGCUCUGUCUGAUCCACGGAUUGGCUCGGAUAACAGGACCUCCUCGCUUCUGGAUGUUCUUCAUCAUCCCGGGCAUCAUCUACACGUUAGACAAGAUUGUGAGUUUGCGGACCAAAUAUUUGGCGUUGGAUGUUUUGGAGACGGAGCUGCUGCCCUCAGAUGUUAUCAAGAUCAAGUUCUAUCGUCCACCCAACUUCAAGUACCUCUCAGGCCAGUGGGUGCGUCUGGCUUGUACGGCUUUCCGCACGGAUGAGUUCCACAGCUUCACACUGACAUCGGCUCCUCACGAGAACUUCCUUUCGUGUCACAUCAAGGCUCAGGGUCCCUGGACAUGGAAAUUGCGCAACUACUUCGACCCCUGCAACUACAAUCCUGAUGAGGAUCAGCCUAAGAUACGUCUAGAAGGACCUUUCGGCGGAGGGAACCAGGACUGGUACAAGUUUGAAGUGGCUGUAAUGGUGGGGGGAGGUAUCGGCGUCACUCCUUACGCCUCCAUUCUCAACGACCUGGUAUUUGGCACUUCGACCAAUAGAUACUCAGGAGUAGCUUGUAAAAAGGUUUACUUUUUGUGGAUCUGUCCCUCCCACAAGCACUUUGAGUGGUUUAUAGACGUUCUAAGAGACGUUGAGAAGAAAGACGUCACCAACGUUUUGGAAAUCCACAUUUUCAUCACACAGUUCUUCCAUAAGUUCGACUUAAGAACUACAAUGCUGUACAUCUGUGAGAACCACUUUCAGCGUCUGUCCAAGACAAGCAUGUUCACAGGCCUCAAGGCCAUCAAUCACUUUGGCCGGCCCGACAUGUCAUCGUUCCUCAAAUUUGUACAGAAAAAACAUAGCUACGUGAGCAAGAUCGGAGUGUUCAGUUGUGGUCCUCGGCCCCUGACCAAGAGCAUCAUGUCUGCAUGCGAGGAAGUCAACAAGGGCAGGAAACUGCCUUACUUCAUCCAUCACUUUGAGAACUUUGGUUAAUUCUAUGAAUUGAUUAGUAUUAUAUUCAUUCAUCGCAUCAAUUCAUUCGUACAAUUUGUAAACACUGACUUCUCACAUUUUUAAGACUUUCUUCAAGGUUUAUAACAUUAGUAUAAUAUGAUGUGGGAUUACUUAGCAAUGUCAGUUUUAGUACUAUUAAACAAGCACAGAAAAUAAAUAAUACUGCAUUUGCUUCUAAUUUUGGAAAUAUUGUUAUUAAUUUGUCAAAAAGUUAAAUUAAUAAUGUAAUCAAAAUAUAUAAGUAUUAUUUCAAAUAAAUUUUCUAUUAAAAAUACAGGGAAGUGUAAUUAAAAAACAGAACAGUAAA